CCUAGGGGUUCCUCAGCUGGCCGAGGCCGAGUCAGUCUCAGUCAGGGAGGCGGACCGCUGAGCACUGGGUGCGGACGCUCCAUUGCAGUCUCGCCCAGGGCCCGGUGUCUGCGCUCGCGCCGCCGGGUGGGAAGGAUGAAGCCGCAGCUGGAGCAGCCACCCCAUGAUUGGCUGUGGCGCUGGUGAACCCGAAGUAAAGAUGGCGGGCGGGCAGGCAGCCGCCGCACUGCCCACUUGGAAGAUGGCGGCGCGCCGCAGCCUCAGCGCCCGCGGCCGGGGGGUCCUGCAGGCAGCGGCGGGGCGGCUGCUGCCGCUGCUACUGCUGAGCUGCUGGUGCGGCGGGGGUGGCUGCGCAGCGGCGAGCGAGAACGAGGAGACGGUGAUCAUCGGGUUGAGGCUGGAGGACACGAACGACGUGUCGUUCAUGGAAGGGGGGGCGCUGCGGGUGAGCGAGCGGACCCGGGUCAAACUGCGGGUUUACGGGCAGAACAUCAACAACGAGACGUGGUCCCGCAUUGCCUUCACCGAGCACGAGCGGCGGCGCCACAGCCCGGGCGACCGCGGGCUGGGUGGCCCCGCGCCGCCAGAGCCGGACAGCGGCCCCCAGCGCUGCGGCAUCCGCACCUCAGACAUCAUCAUUUUGCCCCACAUCAUCCUCAACCGCCGCACCUCGGGCAUCAUCGAGAUCGAGAUAAAACCGCUGCGCAAGAUGGAGAAGAGCAAGUCCUAUUACCUGUGCACGUCGCUCUCCACGCCAGCCCUGGGCGCCGGCAGCUCGGGGUCAGCCGGGGGCGCCGUCGGGGGCAAGGGCGGCUCCGGGGUGGCCGGGCUCCCGCCGCCCCCGUGGGCUGAGACCACCUGGAUUUACCAUGAUGGCGAGGACACCAAGAUGAUCGUGGGCGAGGAGAAGAAGUUUCUGCUACCUUUCUGGCUGCAGGUGAUCUUCAUCUCGCUGUUGCUGUGCCUGUCGGGCAUGUUCAGCGGCCUCAACCUGGGACUCAUGGCCCUGGACCCAAUGGAGCUGCGCAUCGUGCAGAACUGCGGCACCGAGAAGGAGAAAAAUUACGCCAAGCGCAUCGAGCCCGUGCGCCGGCAGGGCAACUACCUGCUGUGCUCGCUGCUGCUGGGCAACGUGCUGGUCAACACCACGCUUACCAUCCUGCUCGAUGACAUCGCGGGCUCCGGCCUCGUGGCGGUGGUGGUCUCCACCAUCGGCAUCGUCAUUUUCGGGGAGAUCGUGCCCCAGGCCAUCUGCUCCCGGCACGGCCUGGCCGUAGGCGCCAACACCAUCUUCCUCACCAAGUUUUUCAUGAUGAUGACCUUCCCCGCUUCUUACCCGGUCAGCAAGCUGCUGGACUGCGUCCUGGGUCAGGAGAUAGGCACAGUCUAUAACCGGGAAAAACUGCUGGAGAUGCUCCGAGUCACCGACCCUUACAACGACCUCGUCAAAGAGGAGCUGAACAUCAUCCAAGGGGCGCUGGAGCUCCGCACCAAGACAGUGGAGGACGUGAUGACUCCGCUCCGGGACUGCUUCAUGAUCACUGGCGAGGCCAUCCUGGACUUCAAUACCAUGUCGGAGAUCAUGGAGAGCGGCUACACUCGCAUUCCAGUGUUUGAGGGGGAGCGCUCCAAUAUCGUGGACCUCCUCUUUGUCAAAGACUUGGCCUUUGUGGACCCAGAUGACUGUACUCCCCUGAAAACCAUCACCAAAUUUUAUAACCACCCCUUGCAUUUUGUUUUCAACGACACCAAGUUGGACGCUAUGCUGGAGGAAUUUAAGAAAGGUAAAUCUCACCUGGCUAUUGUGCAGCGGGUAAACAAUGAGGGAGAAGGGGAUCCAUUUUAUGAAGUUCUGGGAAUCGUCACAUUGGAAGAUGUGAUUGAAGAAAUCAUCAAAUCUGAGAUCCUAGAUGAAACAGAUUUAUACACUGAUAACAGAACGAAAAAGAAAGUUGCCCAUCGUGAAAGAAAGCAAGAUUUUUCUGCCUUUAAACAGACAGACAGCGAGAUGAAGGUUAAAAUAUCACCACAGCUUCUCUUGGCAAUGCACCGUUUCCUAGCAACAGAAGUAGAAGCAUUUAGCCCAUCCCAGAUGUCAGAGAAGAUCCUUCUAAGGCUGCUAAAGCACCCCAAUGUCAUCCAGGAACUGAAGUAUGAUGAGAAGAACAAGAAAGCCCCAGAAUACUACCUCUACCAGCGAAACAAACCUGUAGACUACUUCGUUCUCAUUUUGCAGGGGAAAGUAGAAGUAGAAGCUGGGAAAGAAGGUAUGAAGUUUGAAGCGAGUGCUUUUUCAUACUAUGGUGUAAUGGCCCUUACAGCCUCUCCAGUUCCUUUGUCCCUGUCUCGUACCUUUGUUGUCAGCAGAACAGAAUUGUUAGCAGCAGGUUCUCCAGGUGAAAAUAAGUCACCUCCUCGCCCAUGUGGCUUGAAUCACUCAGACUCUCUCAGUCGAAGUGACCGGAUUGAUGCUAUAACACCAACGUUAGGCAGCAGCAACAACCAGCUCAAUUCUUCAUUCCUUCAAGUCUACAUCCCUGAUUACUCAGUGCGAGCCCUUUCAGACCUUCAGUUUGUUAAGAUCUCCAGACAGCAAUACCAAAAUGCCUUGAUGGCAUCCCGGAUGGACAAAACUCCUCAGUCUUCAGACAGUGAAAAUACUAAAAUUGAAUUGACUCUUACGGAGCUGCACGACGGGUUGCCAGAUGAGACGGCCAACCUGCUCAAUGAACAGAACUGCGUGUCGCACAAUAAAGCCAAUCACAGCCUGCACAACGAGGGCACCAUCUAGAGGUGCCCACCCGCCUGGCCCUUUAACCCCCAGCCUGAGGCCCUGGUCCCAGUGGGCUCAGCCUUCUGUCUGACUAUGACUACCAUUAGUGUGAGCUUGUAUGCCAUGCUGCCUCCUGCAACAUUCCAAGACCAAAGACUUUGUCCCCUUCCCGGAAGCAGCCGAGGAAGACGGUGAGGGGAAGAAUGGCAAAUAGAGAUGUGAAACUGACAGCUAGGGCAUGGCAUUCAAAAUUUUGGAGAUGAACUUCCUCCUCCCAAAUAGAAUCAUGUUUAUUUUUUCAGCUAUACCUUCUAUCAUUAUUCACUCUCGGUCUUCUUCAAUUUGCAUGAAGUUCAAAAUCGUUGCGAUUUAUUUUUUCAAGAGAUCAUGUUUUCUAAAAGCAUAUUUUGCAGAGUUUUAAGUCGUUCUGUCUGAACUCUGCUGUGAUCCCAUGAUGUGACCCUAAUAGGAUGGACUUGCCCCUCAAGUGGCCUUCCUUGGCUCCCCCAGGGAGGGGUACCCUUCCUCUGUGCCCCAGUGGGUCUCACUGUCAAACUUGAAGGAUGAAUGAAGAAAACCUUGUUAACGCAGAACCUGCCAAGCCUGUCAUCACUGGGGUGUCACCUGCAGAGGGGCCUGCAGUCGCCUCUCUGAGCUCAGUGUUGUUUUCAGAAUUUAAGGUUAUUUAUGCCCCUUUCCCUCAGGAAUGCUUGACAUUUGCUUGGGAAUGUGAUUUUUGCUCCCAUUCUAUGGAAUUUUUAUCACCAAAAUGAAUUUUAAUGAAUUUUAAAUCCAUGGUUUAUCAUUGGCAAGAGGGGAGUUGACUCCAUCCUGACAUUCCUCCUGGGAUCUCCGGCCUAGCUGCCCUCCUCCCCCAACCUGUGCCCAGGCUUACAGAGCGUCACCCACCUCCCAGGGCCUUGCUCUUGUUACCCCAAGAUGCUGCUACACAGAUGCCAAAUGGAAAUCUUCCACAGGGCUUUUCAGUAAGCGUGUGAUGUGGAGUCCAAGCUCAUCCCCCGCACUGGGACAUACGUAACUAUCAGAACAGGAGUUGGACUUUCCAGUUGUGUUCUUUACUCUGGGCCAACCAGGCAGUCCUAGACCCGGAUUUUUAAAGAAGGGGACUUUGGGGACGCCAGCCCCUGCCCCUCAUUCCAGGGACCCAACGGUCCUUCUUCCCCCAUCUCCCUCCCUGUGGGGCCCAGUGGUGGCUGUGUCCCCUGCUGAGGGCCCCCGUGCCUCCUCCCUCACAUGCGGCCUACGCCAGAGAGGCUGCCUGUACAGCCAGGGCCAGUUUGGCCCCAAACAGGGAUUCAGAAACCAAAUGUGUGUUGUGGCCAUUUUAUGUGUGUCUCCGUCUUAUUUUAAUACCAAAUUCACCAUGUGUAGUGAGCUUAAUGUCAGGAGGUGUUUCUUCAGUGACUGAGUUCUUAA